GCCGCUGCCAAUCCUUCGACCAGCACUCAUACCGGACUCUACUACGCGAUCCGCAUAUCUCUCCUUGUACCGGACUGAUAGGCAUGCGGUGAAGAUGCGACAGUCUGCUCGACCAUCUCCGUCCCCCUUUGCGACUCUGGACCUUGAUCGCGUGCUGCGAUAGCAACUUUCUACGCCAAAACAUUAUAAUACUUAAUCUUCAGUUUGCUCAGCAUGCCGCUGCCUACCCUAUCCUUUGUCGGCGGUGUCCUGGUACUUGCCUGGCUGUCAACCUUCGUUCUGUUCGCCCUCCUCCGUAUCUUGACUGGCGUCAGUAUUCAGCGCAUCGGCAUCUCUGGCUUCCGUCGCAUCGCUUUUGCGCCCAAGGACGGCAUCAAAAUUUACGUCAGAGGAAUCGGUCUUUCUCUACACCGUCCCACCUUUGCACAACCCACCUGGGUCAGUCUCCACUUGACCGAGCCUCAGGUCGUUGUCGACUUUCGCGCCCUAGAAAAAUCUACCAAGAACGUACAAUCGGAGGAGAACGCUCGACCACGCGACAACGGUGCUUCGCAAUGGAAGAAAUUGACGGAUGUCAAGGACAAGAUCAAGAAGUUGCACACCAAAAUAAGAUACCUAUGUCUGAUCGAUCUGGUCGCCGUGUCCAGCACCAUCGUCAUCAAAGAGGUGGGAACAAUUACGAUCGAGCGUAUUACUGUCGCUGUGGACACGAGACCAGAGACGGUUGAUAGAAGUCGCCUAUUCCAGCACGACCAGCAGAAGGCUUCAUCACAAACUCCUGCCGAGUGGAAGAGCAUCAUACGAUCAAUUCUCUUCACUCCCGAAGGCAAGGAAUCUUCAGAAGUCUUGGAUGGCCUGUCUUUGAGUAUUCAUGGCUUCCUGCACCCACACUUGCAAGGUCUACGCGAUGCUUCGAUUGCAUUGAAAUUGGGCCGACUGGACAUACCCUACGACGACCUCUUGGAUGCAAGCAAGAGACUGCACGAAAUUCGUGGUCUUGCCAAACAUGCCGCGAGAGACUCGCACUCCAUGCGAGCUCCCAAGAUUGCCAUUAACGAUGUGCUUGGAGAGCCUCAGGAUACAGAGAACCGCGAGGAGAAGCUCAUGGAAGCCGUUGCCGAGUCGAGAGAAUUUCUUGGUUCCGUUCUUAAUGGCAUACAGGAGUUUCAACUGGCCAUUGGCUUCUUGGGUCUGUCGAGACGUAUCAGGUCUCUGCAUGCGACGGGUCAGCAUGUCUACUUCAACAUGGCUAUGAAGGAGCUUGGCCUGGAUCUUCUACGUCUCGAUCCGAGAAGUCCUGCACAUCGCAUGUACUUCUCACCAUCUGACGUUGCUCAUCAAGCUUUGCUUACCGCCAUAUCUAUCUCAGCUGGUGUCGAUGACGGCCACGAUCACCCAGAGCGCAUGCUAUAUGUGCCUAUGGUCACUGCUACCGUCAAAACCACUCUCCCGUCAAAAACGAUACAGAAACCGGAAGACACCACAAACGCAGGAGAACGUAAUAGUAACAUGCUGUUUGCAAACCUUGUGUGUACUUCGCCGUCUGUCGAUCUGGAUCCGAAACACUUGCCUCUCUUGUUAGCGAUUGCGAAGGUCCGACAAGAAUCCAAAAAGUCGUCAAAAGCGCCGUUGUUGACGAGUCGUGGCUUCCUAUCUCGCCUGCUGCCAAAAGCCAUCAUCAAAGUUGCUGUUCAGGAACCCGUCGUUAGAGUGUCCUUACCUCCACUGAGUCCUGGUUUUACUGGAGAUGUCGAGUACGAUCUUCUCAUCUCAUCGACUUCAACCUUAUCCCUAGACAUCGAUUCCCAGCACUCCUCGACCGACUCUGCAGUCAAGUAUGGCCUUCACUUGCAUUACAGACAGACCUCAAGCCAGCUUUACUACCAAACGAACGCCGGACAUAAACAUGACCUUUUGCAGACAGAGACCAUCGAAGUCAAGGUUGAUGUCAACGUCUUACCACAGCUAGCGGUAUACGUCUAUGGUAGAUUCCAGACGUUCUCGGUGUUCUUAGUUCGGACGGAGAUCUCUGAGGGCAUCCGUCAAAUUGUCAAGGCCGCUCGUAGAGAAACAGACUCAAAUAGCGGUUCGACAGUGGUCAAGAAGCCGAGUUUCCUUCGCCAGGUCCCUGACUGGCUACAACAUGUGAGCAUACAAGGAGCUGAUUUCAACGUCGAGCUAGCGGGUGUGGAUACGGCUGUUUCGAAGUAUGCUCGUGGCUUUGCUCUCCAGCUUGAGUCAUGGUCAGCUGAAUAUAAAGCACACCGUGAAGAUGUUUACAUUCCCGCGACACGGAGAAGAUCACUUAGCAGAUCCUUCUCGCGCGAGCGGAAUGAUCGAUCAGCAGCACCAGAGGCAGCAAGGAAGAAGCAAUCACUUCCUACAGACGGGCGCAGAUUGGCCUUACACAUACAAGGCCUGGAGGGACACAUUAUAGAUGCCGUCGAAGAUUCACCUGCCGAUCCUUUCGUCACGCUACCCAAAUUCGAGGUCGCCUUCUCGACAUCAAGUGACCUACAAGGACCACUCUUCCACAUCAACUCGCAUGCUAAAAGUCUGCAACUGAAGUACUCGCUUUACAAGCAUUUUUCUAUUGGAGUAGCUGUCUUGACAUUCAGAAGAAUGUUCCUGGCACUACCUCACCCCGAUGACGAGGAUCGUAAGAAGCAUCGUCCAAGCUCGACCCCCAAGACACGAGAUCAUUCACAAUAUGAUCAAAUUUUGAUGAGCGAAGUUACCACGAUUGACUUCAAAGCAAACCUCAUCCAAAUCAAGGCAGACAUGCCUUCAGACCCUCCGUUGAUGUUGCAAAUCUUCGGCGCUGAUUGCGGCCGCCAUAGAUGGGCUACUCCAUUUGCUCGCCUGAAGGUUUUACGACUGCUUGCCGGUACUCCCAACAUGAAACAAGUCUGGAGUCGUAUUGUCAGUGUCAAGAACCUUCGCUUCGAUCUUCGCGACGUCAAGAACAAGAUCGGUCAGAAGACGGAGAUUGCAAAGUCUUUCGACCUGACGACAGACGUUAUACGCAUUGGCGUACCGCACGGCCUAGUCUUGCAUGCUAUAUUUGACAACAUCGUCAAUACUGUCAAGACUUGCGAGCAAUUGCACCAUCACUUCAGCACCGGAACGAACGAGUACAUCCUGGAAAAGCACCCCGAAGGCCCGAAGAAGGUGCCGAGAGUUUCUAUUCGCGCACAACUACUACUCUUCGAAAUCGAGGACAGCGGAUUCGAGUGGAAGCUUGGAACAAUCUACCGAGCUGGUCUUGUCGAACAACAGCAGCGAUUGGCACGUGAAGAAGCGUUCAGACUCAAGGUCAAACACCAAGAGUCGCACCGGCAACGGAGAGGAAGUUCGCGCGUGCGUACAGCUUCUGCGCAGGCUCCACCAUCUCGUAGACGCAGUCUCUCCCGCCCCACUACAUCAAAUCACAGGAGGAGUAAGAGUGCUCACUCUAUUCAUACUCUACGAGAGGAGGAUGAAGAGUCAUCUCCAGAGAAGCGUCGUGGCAGAGGUCGUGAUCGCAAAAUUCGAUACGACCCUGAAGGCAAGGCUGACUUCCGUGGCGCGAACGUUCGUACCAUGGAGAAAGCACACGCCAAGCUGCAAGAGUUCAAUGCCCAGAGCUGGAAGAAACGUAUCGACCGAGCUUUGAACACUCAAAGCAAUGCGAUCAGGGACUUGCGUGGUAUUCUGUGGGGUAUGAAUGACUUGCCAGAUGAAUCUGAACAGGCCGAAAACGUGAUGGCCAUACCACAAAGACCCGCACUGAUGGCCACUGUGAUCAGCGAUGUUGGCGUGAUCAUUGACAAGCCUUCUUUCGCACUCGAUCAGUAUCCUCAAUUCCUCCACGACAUCGGUAAAGGCAUGCCUAUGGAUAUGAAGUACGGCUUACUUGUGCCGAUGAGUUUGAAAGUCACUAUGGGCGAGGCAAGAGUCAUGCUCAGAGACUAUCCUCUGCCUCUCAUGCAUGUACCAGCCAUUCGCCCUGGUCAAUCACCUCGCCUUGCUAGUCUUUCUCUCAGCACAGACUUUGUCAUUGCGGAAGAGUUCCAAGGAGAGGAGUCUCAGCGCCAUAUCAAUGUUGUCGUGGUGCCUAAAGAAAAGUUCGGCAAAGACGACACCGAGAAGAACUUCUCCGUGGACGUACGCAGAACAAUCUCAGCCGUCAAGACAUACUCCGACAUGAAAUUCGAUAUCAAUACAAGCUCUCCUACAAGAUUCACAUGGGGAACUUCGUAUCAGCCAGCUAUUCAAGAUAUGAUGCAAGUCAUUGAAAACUUCACAAAGCCGCCCAUGGAUCCGUCUGAUAGAGUCGGCUUCUGGGACAAGAUCAGACUUUCUUUCCAUUCAAGACUUGAUAUCAACUGGAAAGGGGACGGUGAUGUGCAUCUCUGCCUCAAGGGGUCGCGCGAUCCCUAUGUUGUAACCGGUCUAGGAGCCGGUUUCGUCAUGGUCUGGAGAAACAAGGUUCGCUGGAGAAUUGCGCAAGACGACGACCCUCGUAAGUUCAUGACAGUGGACAGUGGUGAUUAUGUCAUGGCCAUACCUGAUUACAACUACUACGCGCGACAACUGCAUGAACAGGAGACGGAGUCAUCACACAGUGGAUCAAGCAGCGUCAACAGCAACAAGGCUACCGCUGCCUUCAAGAAGGUUGUCAUGAAGCUAUCUGGCAAUGUGCAAUGGAUGGCUGGAUUGACCUUUGAACGUGAGGUUGAGGGUGACAAGAGGAGCUUCGACUUCUGCCCUCAUUACAGGGUUAAACUUAGACAUCCAGAUCAUGCUAAAGCACCACCUGGUGAGACGUACGAUGCUUUCAAGACUUUCAGAAGUCAUUGGAUCCACGGUUCUAUCGCCAUUUCUGCGCCGCAGGAUCGAGACUGGAAUGUUGCCAACCUGCAGCCAUCAAAGAACUACAACUCUGUUCAUCUCACCCCUCGAUUUUUUACACACUUCUACAAUUGGUGGUCGCUCUUCUCUGGAGUCAUGUCACUGCCUGUUCGUCAGGGACCACUUUGGGGAAGCAUGGAGAAGUCCAGCAAAAAGUUCGGCCGUCACCUUGGCACGAUCAAGUAUAAUCUUCUCUUCUCUCCUCUCUUCAUCAGUCAUAUCUACAAGCACAAGGAUGCUGAGGAUUAUCAAAACGAUGUCGUCUCAGCUACCGGUCUGAAGAUGAAACUUGAUAGCUUCAUGUUGGAUCUUCAUCAACGUAGGGAAACAUUUGAGAUUCCAGCAACUGCCGAGAAGAAGGCAAAACGAACAACAGCUAUGAAGAUCAACCAGUGCCAACUUGACUUCAUCUCAGCCGACAUUAGAGCCAUCUCCGCAUCGAUCAAAGGAACGAGCGCCACGGAGCUUGAUAGGGCCGAUGAGGCCACUUUGGCAAGCUAUCAGACUAGCAACAUCACUAAUGUUGACAUGUCCAAGUUUACCAUCCCUGACAAUGAUUUGACAUGGAUCGACAUGGACGAUUUCGUCGAGCUCGACUGGAUCCUGCCGUCAGAGACGAAUCCUGCAACAAAGAUCCUUCCCCUAGGAUUCGCACCUCGUUUCACAUACUUCAGACAGACUGAUCAUGGCGAUUCGGUCUCUGGAGACACAACAAGAUCCAGUAUCUUCGGAGACGAGCAUACUCACUUCUGUGUGAUGUCAAGACGAAAUGACCCUCGCAGAGUGCAAGCAGAUCUGAUCGAAUCACGCAUCCAUCGCAUAGAGGAGCAGAUGGCUAACAACGAACGUGCUGUCGGAGAGCAAGAGGUCAAAUGUGUCAAGACUCAAGAAGGUGACGAACAGCCGAAUGAGCGCUUGCGUGCCUUGAAGAACCACACCGAAGCGUUGCAGAAGAAGCACGAGUUCUUGUGCAAACUUCUUGGUGUGCUUGUGGAGAAGCUGCAGCAAGAGGACCCGUCUAUUGGCGAGCACAUGGAGACAGAUGAUCUACCCGACCGAGACUCUGAACGGGAUAACCAACCUAAGGAAGACAGCCCGCUCGCCGAUUACACCAGCGACUUCAACAACAGAUUCGUUGUUCACAAUGCCCAGAUCAAGUGGAACAACUCUUUGAGAAACAUCAUUCUACGCUACAUUCAUCAAGUCAGUCAGAGACGUGGUUUCGUCUACUACAUGUCUCGAAGAGCUGUCAAAUUCAUUCUUGACAUCCUCGACGAGCAGAAGAAGUCUGGUCCACAAGCGCCAGUAGACCGGAACAACAGUACAGUCAGCAAUGAUACGACCUUCCUACCCACGUCGCCUGAUCCUGAGGAUGAGAUGGCUGUGCAAGAUAGAAUUGACCAGCUUCUCAAUGACGGAAGACAAUUCGUCAACGCAGAUGACCCCGAGAAGCAAGAGUGCACUGAAACAGCUGGCAAGGAAGGAAGUGGUGAAGGUCUCUCGACCGAGUAUACACCACAGAACACUUACCACUUCCGUCUGAUCGCUCCGCAGAUCCAACUGCAAAGUGAGAAGAACCCCAAAUCUGUCAUGCUUGUUGCCGCAAAAGGUAUGCAACUCAAGGUUGUUCAAAUCAUGGACAAAGAAAGAGUUCUCGAUGAGAUCAGUGGUUUGGUGCAGACAAGAUUCUCUGCUGCUAUGGACAGUAUGCAAGUCUUUGUUGCCAGCACGAAGACCUUUUCGACAGAAUACCUACACAUGUACUCUGGCAAUCGCUACGGUGGUAAGGCUGGUGAGUACUGGCCUCCAUGGGUACCUUUGGAAGUCAUGUUCGAGUUCCAGGUCAACCCCUACGGUUUCUCGAGAGUCGUACACCGUACUUCGGCAAGCUUGCGCUACGACAAAUACAACAACUUGCGUCUGAAGUACAACGACGAUGUUAGUGGGGGUGAUGGUAACAAGGACAACAACCCAGACUCGUCAGACACUCGUAUGGAUCAUGUCUACAUCGAGUUCCCUCACUUCCGAGCCAUCUGCGACUCCAACCAAUACUUUGCCAUGUACAUCAUUGUUCUGGAUUUACUGCUCUACAGCGAGCCACUGGAGAAGACGCGUAGUGAAAGGUUGGAGAAGAUUAUGCUGGCAUCUGACUUUAGUGAUCUGAGAGGCGCGCCUGAGAUGGUUGAAAUGUUACAAGCUCGUAUCCGUCAGCUUGAAGACAUCAAGAUGCACUUCCAAGUCAACGAGAAACUCCUGGAUCGUCAGGGCUGGAAGGAUAGAAUCGCUCUUGAUGCAGAUCUUGCUGCCUGUGAGGAUGAGCUUUUCUUCAUGAUGAAGGCAAUCACCACUUCUCAGCGAAGAAAUGAGGAUCGUGGUCAAGACGAGUCUCCUGGCCUCUUGAGGUGGUUGAUCUCUUCAAAGGAGAUUGCUUGGCAUCUUAUCCGUGGCGAAAAUGAAUCUCUGCUGGAGUUCCAAAUCAAGGAUGGCCUUUUCGAUCGAACUGACAAUAACGACGGCUCAAACUACAAUUGUGUGGAGAUUGGCAGGAUUAAUGGCUUCAAUUUGUUACCAAACGCCGUAUAUCCUGAGAUCAUCGCCCCAUACAUCGAUCCUGCUCGUGGUUUCCACAAGCAGAAAGAUAUGAAGAUGCUGCGUGUACAGUGGUUGAUGCUCGAAGCGAUUGCUGGUAUCCCAGUCGUGGACUACUUUGAAGUCAACGUCAUGCCUCUGCGUGUCCAACUGGAACGCGAGAUUGCCAAGCGACUUUUCGAAUACCUAUUUCCUGGUGUUGGUGGCAAUGCUUUCGAGGGCGGCGGUUUCUCCCCUUUCAUGGUCCGUAAUAUGGCUGUACCUGAGGAUGACGAGGAAGACUCCGACGACAAGAAGUUAGCUGCCCUGGAUGAAAGCACAACAAGCGGAUCAGUGCAUCAAGGCGUGGGCACUGGUGCUGGUGAGCUCGAGCACAGGCUCCAACCGACCCUCAAGCUCCCCGAAGGAAAAGUGCCCAUAAAAGGCGGCAAGAGCAAAGGCCUUGGAAUCAGUCAACCAAGUUCGUCCUCACAUAGUCUUCACUCUUGGAACCCAUUCAGCAAUUCCGACAAGAACAACAAGAAGCAAAACGGCAAUACGGCAUCAAACCUCAGUCUUGUCAGCCGCACACCUUCUCAACGCUCUUCGGAGACAAACUCCCUUGCCGAAAGCGAAAUGUCCAAGAAGAAGCCUUCCAACAAGAAGAGCGGAAAAUCAGACAAGGAUGACAAACAAGCCUCUGAUGACUUGUCUCUCAUGCUUUCUCGUGCCUCAAACUACAUGACUCUGUCUUUCUUCAAAGUUCACUCCGUCGUUCUAUGUCUCUCAUACAAAGGCCAAGGUCGCAGAAACCUCGAAGAUGUGCACGACCUGGUUUUCCGCAUGCCCACCCUCGAAUACCGCAACAAAACCUGGAGCAAUCUGGACUUGGCCCUCCAAAUGAAGAAGGAUCUGAUCAAAGCACUGAUUUCUCAUGCCGGCGCCAUUGUAGGAAAUAAAUUUCACAAUCAUCGACCUUCUCGACAAGCUGCUACGAGUAAGCUUCGCGAAAUUGCGCAUCUGACAACUAUGCAUGUGCAUUCCAAUGGCGAAGAUAAAUCCGAUCCCAGUACACCGCAAACCACGGCAUCUAUUGUGGAAGAAGAAGAUGAGGCAGAGGAGAAUGGCGAUGUACCUGCUAGACCAUCGUUUACUUCUGGCCGACCCUCGGUGCACACAAGCUUCAAGCCUUCAAACCUCUAG